AUGCCUCCGCCGGGAGAGUAUAUAGAUCGGGCAGACCGCGUGGCUAACGCUCAACUGGAAUGGGAUGAGUGUCUAAAGAUCAGAAGAAGCAGACUCAAAUUCAUCACCGAAAAAGCCACCAACGACGAUGGCUACGACUACAUCAGGAAAGGACAAGAUUAUGCCACAGGGGAGGCAGAGUUGGAGAAAAUUUUGAUUCUCUCUGGUGAAGGUUCACACAGACAAAAAGCACAAAGCUAUGCGAUAUCAACAAAAGAAUCUUGGUUUUCUGGCAAAGACAUACUUGGCAAGGGGUCCCCAAGAGAUACUAUAGGACUUUUGGGACUAGUAGCCGCCGCCAAUGUUGGCGAUAAAUUCAUAGAGCGUUAUUUUGAUGAUUUAACGACCAACGAUGGUGCAUGGCUCCAUAAAAGUCGAUUUGAAGGCCACAAGGCGGACUAUCCUCUGUGGACGGCGCAAAAAGACGAAACCUCAUUGAAGCUUCAACAAUUCCAUGCCAUGGUGGAUGCGCUCGCGAAAAAUCCAGAUUCACCGAGACUCUGGAAGCACCUUAAUGCGACGUUUCGUCUCAAUGGCUAUUUGAUGAAAAUUCUGAGAUUCCUCGAUGAGCACAAUGCUCACCUGGAGGGCCAAGUCGCAUUGCCGGAUGGUUCAAAUAUAAGCGAACCUCGAGUAAGGGCAGCCUGGGCACUACAUAGGGCAUGGGUAAGAUUGCUCCACUUUCGGUCUUUAAGCUUGGGAUCGCUGCCUCGUGGAGUAGAUCAGCUUAAAAACAUUCUCGUUAUUGCUAGAGCACAGUUGGAGGAGGAGAUCCGUGGCGCCCCUUCUGAUAGCAGAGAUAUUCUUGAAGCACUUUUAGGGUUCGAAACUACAUUGCAGACUCUGACCCUAUUCUUGAAAGCACUAGCAACUGAGUUUGGCGAGUAUGCUGUUCCAAAACCAGGCGCUCAAAGACCUUAUAGUGUAUCAGAUUUCAACAUAGAUUCUGAUCGUGUAAGCGCGUCGUGGAAUCAGAUCACCCCGGUCUUACGACCCGAUCCACUAGGCAAAGUUAAUAAUCCACUUUCGCAUAUGCUCUUGUGGUCACAAUUACUUGAUCGUGCUACCGACUUUGAGGACAAGAACAAUAGGUACUAUGUCGAAGAUCAUCUUAUCGAUAAUCGCAUCCUUGCUGAAGAUGAAUACUGGGAGUUGACGAAAAUGUUAUCUCAAAGGGGUUACGACCCUAAUGUUAUAAAAUCUCGUCUGCCCGAUGCUGCACAAGAACGAUACGUGAGGGCACUAGCGAGAAAGGUCUCGCAGGUUAAUGUAAACAGGCGCAACUUUCUGCUCUUACGAGAUUGGUCCAAGAAACGGCCAUGGAAACAACUAUAUUGGGUGUUCGAUACCGUUACGACGGAUUCCUGGCGUGAACUCAUUGACGACUUUUACAACACUAUUGAAUUACUCAAAUGCGUACCCACAGAGCUCGAUGACGAAUUAGAAGCAUCAAAUAUGAGAGCAGGAAUAGUGGCCGAUCCAGAGUCUGAAGCAAAUUUGUUUGCAAACGUUUUCCCCAUUCACCCACUUCCCAGUCAUGACCCAUGUAAAUACGCUGGUGCUUAUUUUGGUAAUUGCUUAUAUUGCCUGGAAGACUACGCACCUAGAGAGCUGUGGUUGCGCUUUUUCUGUGAUCAUAUGGUGCAUUACGAUUGUGGUCGUGAGGCAUGGGAUAACCCAGGAAACCCAGAUUUUAGAUGUCCUCUUUGUAGGCAAACACAGUCAUGGCAGCUCCACCAGGUUGCAGGAAUUAUUCCGGAGGCCCUAGACUUAUGGGAUAAUGUCGACCUUGUGGACGCAGACGAAGUUGCUAUUCACCCUAUCGUUCAAAUGGCGGGUACUCCCGCUGAUACAGAAGGUUUUAAAGAACUGUACUGGGAUAGUGAGGCUGCGCAUUUAAAUGCGAGUGAAGCGUGGGAUAUUCAUUACUACGGCUUGCCAAGAAGCCUUCACCACGAGAUGGCACAAAUGAGAAAUGCAAGAAGAAAGCGCGUUUUAGCUGCAAGACUUGCGAGAGCUGAGAAAGAGAGAGAAUUUCCCACAUUAGCAGACUAG